GAGACCUCAAUGCAUUCCUAAGAGGUACCAAAUGAGAGACCUUGUUGAAUUUCUAGAACGUAACAAAUGUCAGACCUUGAUGUGUUCCCAAAUUACUGAACAUGACCUGAGACCAGUUCCAGAGAGGCAAACUAACGCAGGUUGUUCACGGAUUCCUUGGAUGUAACAUGCGUGACACCUUCGUGAUUUCAGACGUCAAAAGAUGUGUGAUAUGGUUGAACUCCUAUUUGGUGACAAACAUGAUACCUGAUUAAAUCUACUUCUGCGGAUAGCAAAGACUAUUUGAUAACAAUGCUGAGACCCAGUGGGACCUAGUGUUUAUUAAUACAGCUUUAAGAAAGCCACGAUGGUUAGCAGAGGCUGCCAGGUAACACCAAUGUUACCUAGUUGAAUAUAUGUCUUCAUCAACCCAGCUUUAAGGAGACCACGCUGGAUAGCAGAGGCUACUAGAUAACAACCAUGAAUCUCUUUCUUUUUUAAUCCAAAUUUAAGGAGACCACGCUGGAUAGCAGAGGCUACUAGAUAACAACCAUGAAUUUGUUUCUGUUUUUUAAUCUAAAUUUAAGGAGACCACGAUGGAUUGCAAAGGCUACCAGGUAACAACCAUGAGACCCAGCUGAAACUACCUCCUUAUUAAUCCAGCUUUGAGGAGCCCGCCAUGGAUAACAAUAACACGGACCACUGCGCUGAAGUGUUGGCCAAGUGGCCCGCACCGCCUCCGCCGCUGUCUGGUGCCUGGCAGUACCUAGUCAACGGUCUCCUUGUGCUUCUUCCUCUGCUGACUUUGCUGGGCAACAGUCUGGUCAUCCUGGUGGUCAUCCGCUUCAAACACAUGAGGACCAAGGCCCACGCCUUCAUCGUGUCCCUAGCCCUGGCUGACAUGGGCGUGGCAGUGGGCGUGAUGCCCUUCCGUGCUUACAACCACCUGCGGGAGUUCGACUGGGUGCUUCCUCGGGUCAUGUGCUCCAUCGUGAAUAUCCUGGACGUCGUCCUCAGUACCGCGUCUAUCUUGAACCUCCUAUGUCUGACCUUCGACCGUUACCUGGCUAUCUGUAGACCGUUUGUGCGGGAAAGGAUACGCCGGAGGACGGUGACGUUGAUGUUCGGUGCCUGCUGGGUUAUCCCCCUGUUGGCGUUCGUCGUGCCGAUGACGCUAAAACUGCAUCAUUCCGGAAUUAGAGAUUUCGUGUCCUGUUCCACCGGUUGUUUUAUACUCAUGAACGUGCCGUUCACGCUGUAUUCAAUGCCAAUUUCUUUCUACAUCCCAACGUUUCUUAUGGUCGGGUGUUACUGGAAAAUCUACGGAGCCGCGAGGGAGCACAGGAAGUUCAAGGACAACUUUACGACCAACCCAAGGGACAACAACUCGAAAGCCAAUCGCCAUUUUCGACAGGAUCUGAAGGCAGCCAAGACUAUCGGCAUUGUCAUGGGAUGUUACUGCGUCUGUUGGUUUCCGUUGUUUAUGAUAAAUCUAAUCGAUCCUCUGAUUGGCUACAAGGCGCCGGUAAUUUUAAACAUCCUCGCCGAUUGGCUGGGUUACACCAAUUCAAUGAUGAACCCUGUUCUUUACUAUGUCUUCAGUAACACUUUUCAGAAAGCCUACCAGCUUCUUUUCAAGUGUUGUUGGCGCACGAAGCAUUCGCAUACGUGUGCCCCACAGGCCAGUAAGAUGUUUGUGAGACAUACUGCUGAACAAGAAACAUGACAUCUGGCGUGCGAAUAAAAUGGAUGUCCUUCUUUAACUGUGUAACCCUUUUGAAUCAUUGGCCUUCUUUAACUGACGAGCAAAGAGUCUAUGAAUGAAUUAAUUCCAGUUUAAACGAGAGCAUACGUUCUGAGAUAUUUGUGUUCAUUAGGACUUGGUUUUGUUAUUCUGAACAGGUUGCGUAUACAUGUAAAUCCUUAUUGCCCUUGUUUAACAGUUUGAUUCAUUGGCCCUUUUUCACACUCUUUGACCGAUGAGCCAAGGAUCAAUGAAUGAAUUCCAGUUUAAAUGAGAGCAUACGUUCAGAGAUAUCUGUGUUCAAUAUGACUUGGUUGUGUUAUUCUAAACAGGUUGCGUAUACAUUGUUAGGGAAAAUGUUUCAAUCAAUGACCAGAACAGUUCUUGUUACAGUGGCCUUUGGUAACGACAUUGUUGUUUGUGAAAUAUUAUGUAUCAGUGACUUUAAGACUGUCGCUAACUUCUUUUUUUUAUAGAUGCCACACUACAUACAUUAUAUUAUUUUAUCAAGUACAAUGCAAGUUAUAGAUAUAUUUUUGCCAAUUAAUUUAACUUAAAAGACGCAGUCAUAUUCAGCAAUUCAUUAUAUUUAAUCAUUCAUCCUCCAAAUACACAUCAUUUGACAAGGCAUACGUUAAACGUAUACACGUCAGCGAUAUGAAAUGAACUGGGGAGGGUGCACUAUUUAGUAAUACAACACAACAAUACCACACAUACUAUAUUACACCACACCAGACCAUACAACACAACCAUACACUUUAUUGCGUCAUGUGUCAUAAAAGGAUAUAUUACCCAACAAGUAACUAGAUAGUUGGACUUUUAACAUUUCCAAUAAAGACUACAUUAGUGAAUUUUAUAGACAUUGGGAGAAAAAAAAAAAAAAUAUGUCUUGUUUGGUGCCAUAAAGGCAAGCUUCUGUUAAUGCUAAGAAAUCUUGUUUCGUUAUCGCUGUUUGUGUUUUCUUCAUCGCUGAUACAUAUCAAUAGCUUUGCCAGUAAGCUGCGCUGGACCCAUGUUGGAAUGUUCAGUGGCAUCAUCAGUCGUGUUGCUAUUUUCCUUCUAAAAUGCUGUCAAAUGUCCAUAAUUGAAAUAUUGUACGCAAAUAUAAACCUGAUUGGAAUUAAAAAUAUAUAUGCUA